AUGAAGACGCGAACCGUGCUCUUCGUCAUCCUCCCCGGAGUGCUCCUCAUCAGCAGCUUCAUCUGGCCCAUCGUCCAGCUGAUCGGCUUGACGAGGCCCGUCAACCAAUUGAACAACACCAAGUGCCAACGCGUGCCAGGUGCGUCACCAUCCCCACCCCGCAAAAGCUUCGGCCUUUACGGAGUCGUUCUGCGUAGUAGUAGGCGCUGCUGCGAAGAUGAGGAUGUACGAACUGAACCCUUUGUUGCGCAUUGAGCAGAUCUUCCGGCUGUCGAAGAUGCCUGGAUUGACUAUGACGCCGACGAGGCUUACCUGUAUGUCUAGUACUGCGAGUGCGAACGCCCACGCCAGAAGUCGCCGCUUCCCCACAUUCAAAUUGUGGAGGCUCUUCUCAGGUGCUAAAAAAUUGUGCCGGAGCGCGAGACGAGGCGGAGCUUCUGUGCCGUCCCGUACAUAGACUCGGAAACAUUGACACUGCUCCUCCAUCCUACUCCUGGUUUUCAGAUGUGGCUCCAGUCAAGAAUCUCGUCAACAUUGGCUCCCCGCGAUCCUCCAUCUCAACGCGAGCAAGCUGCCCGACCACUCGGUCGAUUACGUCGCCGUGAUGGAUCUCCACACGCUCAAGCACCGUCGGCUCGAGAUCGUCGCUCCGACCGAAGUGACCAAAGACUUCAACACCCAUGCCAUCGAAGGUUUCCACCGCGCGAGUGAUCGCAAGCACCUGACCUUGUUCCUCAAUUCGCAUCGUCCUCCCGCCGAAGGUCGAGAUUUGGCACCCAAGCUCGGAGCGGACAGUGUGAUCGAGGUCUUUGAAACGAGGACCGGUUCGAACCAAUUGAAGUGGCUCAAAACGAUCCGACAUCCUUUGAUCCGUACGCCCAACAACAUCGUCGCGACCAGUGAGACGUCCUUUUACGUCACCAAUGACCAUCGUCACAAGGUCCACUGGGGCCGAGCCUUCGGCAUCUUCUACCACGUCCGUUCCGACAUCAUCCACUGCGACUUUGCUUCGGGGGAGACCCAGUGCAUCGUCGCUGCUGAAGGCGUGUACAACCCCAAUGGGAUCGCGAUGGGCGCGCAGAACAAGUUGUGGCAAGCCAGUUCGGGCGAACCGGUCCUAACCGUGUACGAGAUCCAAUCCGGUGAUCAGACCUUGAUCCCGACUGAUCGCAUCCCCCUCGGUCGUAUCAUGGAUAACCUCCACGUCGCCGACGACGGCUCCGUCUACGUCAAUACGUUCCCCCACCCUUUGCACUGGGUCAAAGCCGCCGCUACGGCCGGCAGGAACAAGCACCCCGCACCUACGGAGGCGUGGAGGAUCUCGAACAAUACGGACGAGAGCAGGCACUUGGGGAACAAGUACAAGGUCGAGUUGGCGUUCGCCGAUGACGGAUCGAACGUGAUGUGGCCUACGAGUGCCGUGCCUUGGAAGAACAAGCUUCUUUCGACCGGCAUCUUUUCGGAGACCGUCGUCGUGUGCGAUUUGUCGUGA